GCUAUUAAGCGGAUAAGUCGCAUUCGUCAGAUUAAAAUGAAUACAAUAACAGUAGAAAAUAAGUGCAACGUAAUGAUGUGAUAUUCAAUAUACAAAUAAAAGGCAACAGCAGUAGAAACAGUUCAACAAAAAUAUAAUAGCCACAGAUAUUAUUGCGCACAGUAAACAACAGAGAAAAUCUGUUUAGGAAUUGAAAGCCUCGCCCUUUGGCUGGCAACCGAUUAAAAUGGAGGGCAGUGUUGUAAAUCCAAACCUAAUUGGUCUAUAAUUAAACUUCAUAACACCUUAUCGUUGCGCUUAAUGGUUUAUUGCACGUUUUGAUAUUGAAACGAAAACGAGAGGUACGUGCGGUCCGAUAAGAGAGUAUGGGAAAUUCAAAAAAUUCGACUAGACGGUAAAUAAAGUGGCUUAAAGAACUCACGUGUGACAAAUAAAUCAGUUAAUGGUAGAUUCAACUGAGCAAUUGAUUAAGUUCUGGUGAAAUACCAAAUGCUGGCCUUAAAAAAUAUAAACUUUUCUAAGCGAUAAAUAAAAAAUGAAAAAAAGGGUUUUUUAUGUAAGUGAGAUACACAAAUAAACCAAUAUACUCCAAGACUAAAGGUAAACGGUCAGAAGUCUAAUCUUUGACCAAUUUGCAUAACAAACAACGAUUGCCAUGCAAAUAUUGAAACACUAAUCUAUUGAUAAGCUGCCUUUGGCGGUUAUAUUUUGAAUUUCGAAAGCUAAGCAUAAAAGCUUUGAAUCCACCCCUUAAAUUGAAGAAAAAUACUAUUAAACAACGCGGGAGAGACGACGAGUGCGCAGAGUUAAAAUGAGCGCCACGGCACCCACCGGAAAUGCGUCUCGAAGACGCGGUAGUCGCACUAGCGACAAAGAUGACGAGGGGGCGGGCCGCACCGCCUGUCAGUGGGCGUGGCUCGUGGUCAGUUCGAUCUCCGUGGAACCAACCAUGUUCCUGUACAUGCUCGCCUUCAUGACCACCUCGGUGGUGGAGCAGAGCUUCUUCCUGUACAAGUCCUGUCGGGUGAACAACAAUUUCCCUGAGGAGAUCUGCCGGAAUCUCAACAAGGCGGAGAACGAGGAAUUCCGGAAGACGGCGGCAUCGACCAAUGCCCGGUUCCUGCAGUGGGAGAGCAUCUCCGCCCACGUGUUCACCAUUAUUUUGGCCCUUUUCCUGGGCUCCUUCUCCGAUCGUCGCGGCAGAAAGUUGCCCAUGCUCAUGGGUCUGGUGGGCAAGUUCAUCUACUCGACGAUGAUAGUGGUCAAUGCCAGGAUGCCCACGUGGCCGGUGCAGUACAUCAUCUAUACGGCCACCUUGCCAUCGGCCUUGACGGGUGCGGAUGUGGCCAUUUUCGCCUCGUGUUUCGCCUACCUCUCGGACAUUUCCUCGCUGCAGCAGCGCACCAUCCGGGUGACCAUUCUGGACGUGGUCUACCUCAGCGCUAUGCCGCUGGGCGUGGCUCUGGGAUCGCAUCUCUACUACAAGGUCUUUGAUCAGUCCUAUGCGGACAUGUUCGCCGUGAACGCCUCACUGCUCGCACUGGCCAUUAUCUACACUCUGUGCGCCCUGAAGUGGCAGACGACUCCCAGACAGCGUUCAUUGAGGGAGCUCGGUUGGUGUGGUUUCUGGGGCGACUACUUUGACAUGCAGCACAUGAAGGACUCGCUGACGGUGCUGGGAAAACCACGACAGGGCCACAGGCGCAGCUUCCUCAUCAUCCUGAUGAUCAGCAUGGCCCUGUACACCUUCCAGCGGGACGAGGGCUCCUACCUCUACAUGUACACCCAGGGCAAGUUCAACUGGGAUGUCAGUGCGUACAGCAACUUUAAGACCUUCAAGUCGUCGGCCUAUGUGUUUGCCAUGCUGCUGGCGGUGCCGAUAAUGAACAAGCUCCUGGGUUGGAGGGAUACGGCCAUCGUCUUUGUGGGCACCUGGGCCCAUUCGAUAGCCCGACUGUUCUUCUACUUUGCCACCAAUACGGAUCUGCUCUAUGCCGGAGCCGUGGUCUGUAGUUUGGGACCGAUUGUGGGUCCCAUGAUCAGGGCCAUGGCCUCGAAAAUUGUGCCCACAUCGGAGCGGGGCAAGGUGUUUGCCCUGCUCUCCGUUUGCGACAAUGCGGUGCCCCUUAUCAGCGGAGUUUGCUAUUCGCAACUUUAUCAGGCCACCAUGAAUACCAACUAUGGCGGAACUGUCUUUAUGCUAACUAUUGCCACCCAGAUAGCUGUCUUUGUGCUGAUACUUUGCAUUCACAUUAUUUUGGGCAAUAACUCACUGGCUGUUACGGAAGUUGGCGAAAAAGAGAGCGAACCUAUAAGCCAAAGGGAGGCAGUCCUGGAGGCGACUCCUGAGGAGGAGUGAGCUAGGUCUUGUCAUACUGCACAAUAUGAUUCCUAUAAAAGACUUGAAUUCAGGGAAGGCAGCUACUAUAUUGGUUAUGAUUUCCAGGGAUAUAAAACCUAUCCAACGACCAAUAAAUACUCUAUAUUUUCCUAA